AUGGUUCUUCGAGCCGAUUGGGAGGCCACAGCGAGCCCGGAGCAGCAAGAGGUCGCAGGGAACGCAGCAAGAAUCAAGAGGGAGCAGAGGAAGCUCCAGGAAACAGCGGUGCGGCAAGGCGGUAGGGGCCGUGACAUUAACAAUGUUUCUUUGAACUCUAACCAUUUAAAAUACAUUCCGUCAAGUUUAGGGAUAGUUAUAGUCGGCAACUUAAAACCUAGAACGUUUGACUUACUAUUGUGA